AUGGACCUCGCCUUUUCCCUGGACAGGGACGACUUUCUCAAACGGCUCUCCUUUCUUGACUGGACAAGAAGUAAAGGCGUCUUCCAACUUCAGGUACUUCGCAUCGCUACUGAGGUAGUGCCCUGUCAAAACGGAUUCAUCUGGACUGCGGCAAAAGUGCACGACAGCGACUCUAACGUUACCAUUCGGAUACAUAAUAUGUGGCUUGCUAUUCUGGCACAGCUGAGACCCUUGAUUUACAGGCUCUGCCGUCGCCCGCUAAAUAUGCCUGUCACAAUCUUUACCAAUCAAGAACUCGAUGACCCAACCUUGGUGGCGACCCGCUUGUCCGAUGCGGUUAACACAAAACUUGGUGUUAAUUUGGCGAGGACUCUGAUGCCCAACUUUGAGCAUACCACGCCUGAGGACACCGCUUCGGCCGCUCUGUUGCUACUCGGCCAAUAUUGCACAGCUCGACAACAUCGGGAGCUAGGCCCUAAGAAGAAUUUCUUUUUCAGGAGUGCGAUUUUUUCAGGAGGGGCGCCGGACUGGGGCAUACUGCGUGAAAAGCUCGCGGCAAUCAAACUCAUGAGUAGUGAAUUGGAGGCACCGGUUAACCGCCAUGAAGACUUUGUGUACAAAAUGAUACAAGUUGGUGCUCUUGACAACAGUGGGCCCCCUUACGUUGGAAGUGAUCAAUGGGACCCGAAAGCGUAG